ACGAGUUGGCGCUCAUUCCGCUGCCGUGCUGGAGCCGAGGUUGCAAACGAGGCCCAAGAUGACUUGCCAAUGUUCCAAUUACUCAAGAGGGAGGCAGCAGAAAAAUCUGGACCGUCUAAUUGCGUACGGAAAUGGUUAUUGUCAAUUAACCUCAUUCAUCUUAGCAGCCUUCCCAACAAGACAAUGCCACAUUGAAUGCAGAAAAAACAUCAGGGGGGACAACACCUUAUGCACAGCCCUCGAAAACUCUCCCCAAAACAGCACCAGAGCCUGCGAAUGGGUCUCUAUAAGUGAUGAAUGCCGCUUCCUGAUCCGCGAGCCAGAGGUGGAUCCUGGGCAGCCGCCACGGAGGAGGGCUCAACAAAAUAUGCAGAAGAAAAGGGGGAGCUCACUGCAUACUGAGUCGAUUCUGUGUGGAGUCGUCUGGAGAGCCACACGGCAUACAAGACAAGUGACGUCACUUCCGUGCGUUGCAGGAGUCGAUUCUGUGUGGAGUCGUCUGAAGAGCCGCGUGGAAUACGAGACUCUGCCAAAAAAUAUUAAAGUGGUGUCACUACCGUGCGUUGCAGGAGUAGAUUCUGUGUGGAGUCGUCUGGAGAACCGCGCAGCAGUUACGCACUCUGUUUUAACAGUAAAGCUGUUUAAGCUAUCCGUAACUCCGUUAGUCGUCCGCAAAAAAACUGCGCCGAGCUAUGACGUCACCUCGCGUUGCCUAGUAACCGCCGGCGCAGGUGCGUGCUCGCUUCGCCUGACACACGGCUCCGCCGAGCUACCGCCAGCUGCGCGCUACUGCGCAUGCACUGUGACGUCAUCCUGGCGCGUCUGCGCUCCCAGCCCGUGCACUGUGCAUAGCUUGUGCCCCACUUCCCCUGCGACUUCGCCACCACCUGCGCACUACUGCGCAUGCGCCACGAGUCAGACGUGACGUCACGGCCAACUGUGCAUGCGCUCCUUUGUUCCGUAUGAAAGCCGGUGCGCCGGGGCGGCGCGCCAGACGCAGACAUGGGGAGACGAAAGAAGGUUCGCACUACCGAGGAAGAAGCCGCUUACCAAGAAUCGCGGCGCGCUGCUAAGCGAGACUGCCAGCGUCAACGCCGAUUGGACCCAGCAUAGUUAGCUGAAGAACCGCUGCAAAACGACGACGGCGAGCCGGAGACCCCGAGUACGUCCAGCGAGAGAAUGCUAUAGAGAACGGGAGAAAAAGCGUCGGCUCCGAGAACAUCCCGACGUGAGAGAAGCCGAGAACGAACGAUACCGAUGAGCUCCGCUGUUUCUUUAGCCUUGCGCCAAUAGUGCAAGCUAUCCCGAUUUUUUUUUUCAUAAAGAGCACUUUCGAAUUUUCGAACAAAGAGAGCCAGGUAAGGAAUUCCAUACCUCUAUAGUGCGGGGAAAGAAGCUGUACUUGCAAGUAUUUGUACGCGCAUAGGAAGGGGAAAGACUAAGCUCGUGGAUGUUAGGUGUAGAUGAAGACUUGGCGAAAGAUAUGCAAACUGUGUUCGAAG